UAGUACUACCGAUAUUUUCUAUGAAUCUAACCUACCUUUACCGUGGGUGACAAAAUUAAAAGUUUUGCUUUUUAAAUUAAAAUGGCUCUAAGUAAUUUUAGAAGCUUAAUAAAAUGUGGUCAACUUUUAAAUGAGUCUGUAUUAUUAAAUACCAGAGGUAUCACAGUUUCUAUCAUACGAAGAAAUACAAAUGUUGAGGAGAAAAAAAAAGAAUCAGGGUCGCAAAAUGUGGAAGUAAAUGGUGGAGAAAAGAACGGUGAAUUAGAAAAAUUAAAUAAACACAUUUCGGAACUAAAGGAACAAAAUUCUGAAUUAUUGGAUAAAUAUAAACGAGCACUAGCAGAUAGCGAAAACUUAAGAAACAGACUGAUCAAGCAGAUUUCAGAAGCUAAAAUAUUUGGAAUCCAAAGUUUUUGUAAAGAUCUUUUAGAUGUAGCUGAUGUUUUAAGUAAAGCUACUGAAACUGUUCCAAAAGAAGAAAUUAGUGAUAAAAAUCCGCAUUUAAAGAGUCUUUAUGAAGGACUUAUAAUGACAGAAGCACAGUUAAAAGCUGUUUUUAAAAGGCACGGUUUAGAACAAGUAAAUCCUAUGGAUGAAAAGUUUAAUCCUAAUUAUCAUGAAGCUUUAUUUCAGCAGGAUGUCAAAGGUAUAGCUCCAGGCGUUGUUAUUGCUGUUUCAAAAAUUGGGUACAAAUUGCAUGAUAGAGUAAUACGGCCUGCUCUGGUUGGUGUAUCUAAGUAGAUGUUAAUGUGUAUAUUGUUGUGGUUUAUAUUAAUUGAUGUUCUACUGUGAUUUUUAAUUAUUUCGCAAGAAACACAAAUCAUAUUAGUCAACAAAUUUAUAAUAAAAUUAGUAUAUUUCUUGUU